AUGGAUUCAAUGCAAAGGUUUAGGCAUAUAUCAAAGGAAUGCACAAAGAGAUACUCCCCGAACAUAAUAAGAAACCAAAAGUACAAAUGGUACACAUUUUUCUUUGCUGUGAUGAGACUACAGUUUGAGCACUUCUUCAAUACGUUUAUUUUCUUCAUAUGUAUGACACAGAUGAGAAAGGAAUAUCUUGUGUCAUCACCUAUGUCAUCAGUGGCGCCAUGGAUGAUGGUUUUGUUGUUUUCGUUGUUCAAGGAAGGUGUUGAAGACUACAAACGAUAUGAGCGAGACAAGGUCACCAACAACCAGUUGUAUACCAAGCUUACAAACGAUGGAUUUGUGAGCGUUUCCAGUUGUAAAAUACAGGUUGGAGACCUGAUAGUGCUCGACAAGAAUGAAAGAGUGCCUGCAGAUAUGAUAUUAUUGAAGACAUCGGAUCCCACCGGACAGGUAUUUAUUAGAACAGAUCAGUUGGAUGGGGAAACUGAUUGGAAGCAGAAGCUAGUGGUUCCACAGAUACAGUCAGCGUCCUUUGAAGAGAUAGGCUGUCUGAGUGUCCUUGCAGAGGAGCCUAACAAGAGUAUAUAUACAUUCAAUGGGAAGAUUAAGAUCGGAAAAUUUUCUGAGGAGGAUCUUGAGGGAGUUGCAGAGGAGGAGCAUAUGGAGGAAGGAAUUGGGAACAGGAUUGAGAAAUUCUUGGACUUUGGAUUCAAGGCAAGAGAUGAAAGUGAUCAGACAAUCCAUGAAAAUUUUAUCAAGGAUGUUUCGUGGAUAGCGUCUGAUGAGCAUAGUCGAACAAAGAACCAAGAUGAGAUAUCACAGCACAUGCAAAAUGAAGAUGAACUAGUCAUGAAUGAAUGUAGCAAUGUGGAAAUGCAGGAUUAUGCAAAAGAUAACAAAUGUACAGUGAAUUAUGCUCAUCCCUUAGGCUAUGAAAAUGUGAUUUGGAUGAGCACCGUAGUUGCAACAUGCUCGGUUCUUGGAUGUGUCAUAUACACUGGGAAGGAUGCAAGAGCGAUUCUAAAUACUUCUCGACCUAGGAACAAAAUUGGAAUUAUUGAGCUUGAGCUAAAUGGAUACAUGAAGGUUCUAGGUGUUGGCUGUGUAAUACUUGCAGCAAUAUACACCUAUAUAUGUGGAAUUGGAUCACGACCAGAUAUUGUCUUUAUCCGGUUUCUUGUUUUGUUCUCGUCUGUGAUUCCAAUAUCAUUGAGAAUCAAUAUUGAUUGGGCAAGGUACUGUUAUGCAAGGUACAUUUCUGCGGAUGAUAAAAUUGAAGGUGCGAUUAUGCGAUCGACAAGUCUACCUGAGGAGCUCGGGCGUGUAUCGUAUGUACUAACGGACAAGACAGGCACGCUAACUAAGAACGAGAUGGAGAUGAAGAAGAUACAUCUUGGGACGAUCUGCUAUACAAAGGAACUGAAUAGGGAAAUAAACAAGAAUCUUGCAAAGGUGCUGACAAGCAGAAGCAAUGGGAAGGGAAUGUUUUCGAGAGGAAAAAGAGACAUUAAUGUAAGAGUGUAUGAUCUAGUACAGGCAUUGAGUGUGUGUCAUAAUGUCACGCCGGUAGUGUCUGGUGAUGAGGUUAUUUAUCAGGCAUCAAGUCCUGAUGAGAUUGCGAUUGUUGAAUGGACUGAGUGCGUUGGUAUGAAGCUGUUUAGAAGAGACAGGAACACAAUUGUGAUCCGUGAUCCUCUCAAUGAUGACCAGGAGUAUCAGAUACUGUAUGUUUUUCCAUUCACUAGCGAAACAAAGCGGAUGGGGAUUAUUGUGAAGCAUGAUGAGGAGAUUCUAUUUUUUGUGAAAGGCGCAGAUGUUGUAAUGAACAAGAUAAUUAAAAGCAAUGAUUGGGUUGAUGAAGAGGCAGAUAACAUGGCUAGAGAUGGAUUAAGAACGCUUGUGAUAGCAAAAAAGAUGCUUUCUUUGGAAGAGUUUUCUCAGUUUGAAGAUGCAUACAACAAGGCUAGAGUUAGCCUGGUUGACAGGGCGGAGUCAUUGAAUGAGGCAAUGGGAAUGAUAGAAAAAGAGAUGGAUGUGCUUGGAUUGACAGGGGUCGAAGACAAGCUGCAAGACGAUGUCAAGGUUACUCUUGAAAACCUAAGGAAUGCAGGAAUGAAGAUAUGGAUGCUCACAGGAGACAAGAUAGAGACAGCAAUUUCGAUUGCAAAGUCAUCGAGGAUAUUCCACAGGGGCAGCAACUACCUGGUGAUCAGCAAUGCAAAAUCGAUUGGAGAAGUGAAGCAGAAGCUGGAUCUUCUGAGAGGAUCGUACUACAACUCACUAGUGAUAGAUGGGCAGAGCCUUUCAUAUAUAACAGAUAGCUACAUGAGUGAGUUUGUACAGCUUGUGUCCGAGAUGGAGGCGGUUAUUGGAUGCAGAUACACGCCUACUCAGAAAGCAGUGAUGGCAAGGGAACUGAAGAAAGCAACAAAGAAGUGUAUUUGCUGUGUAGGAGACGGAGGCAAUGAUGUUUCAAUGAUCAUGGAGGCCAAUGUGGGAAUAGGAAUUGUUGGGAAGGAGGGCAAUCAGGCAUCGCUAGCUUCUGACUUCAGCAUCAAUAAAUUUUGCCACAUCUCAGAUCUGCUGUUCUGGCAUGGAAGAAAUUCUUAUCAAAGGACUGCAAAGAUAUCACACUUGAUAAUACACCGAGGACUUACUCUUGCUGUUAUUCAGGCAAUCUUCUGUUCGCUCAAUGGAUUUGUUGCUUCAGGAUUAUUCAGAGGAGAGCUGCUGAUGAUGUUUGUAACUGUUUACUCGUUCCUUCCGAUUUUCUCGAUUAUUUGCUCGAGCGACAUCAGUAGGAAUGUAGUGAUGAAGUUUCCUGAACUACACAAAGAGCUUAUUGAAAACAAGCUGCUUUCGUACACACACUUUUCUGUAUGGACACUGAUAUCUUUCUAUCAAGGAACAAUCAUGAUGAUAGCAUUUUAUUUGCUGAAGCAGGAGUUCUUCAUUAUAUCGACUUUGACAUUUACAUGUUUGGUGAUCAAUGAGAUUCUCAUGGUGAUGCUUACGGCUACAAAGAGGACACCUAUGAUGUAUUUUUCAUCUGCGCUAUCUCUGAUAGUUUAUAUUGUGUAUUUCAUGAUUAGAAAAGGGCUGUUAAGGUAUCAAAAGCCAUUCUAUCUCUUCCUUGUGAAGAUUAUAGUUGUUAAUGCUCUUGCGAUAAUGGUGAGUGUAAUUCAGAAGCUUUGGCGCAAGUACAUGAGUCCGCCAACUUAUUUGAAACUUGAAGUGUUGGUCUGA